CAUGCAAAUCUCAUAAAAACAAAAAGGAAAAGAAAAGAACAAUAGAAACAACAAAAAGGAAGAAUACAAAAACGGAAACAUAAUUUUUGUUUCCAUUUGUACAAUUCUUGCAUCUCUCUCUAGCCAACUCCAAUAUCCAAAUACAGGCAAUUCUUCAAGAACACCACCACCAACCACCACCACCGCUCUAUAAAUAUGAUGAUACCCAUCUCUCACUUUCCAUUAACUCGUCAACAACCCAAAUCUUUCAUACCGAUCAUGUUCAAUCCAAUCAAAGAAAACCCUAAUCUUGAUCAUAUUCUCCCUCUAGACUUCACUGCUGUUCAAACUCUUCCUGAUUCCCACAAAUGGACUACUACUAAUAACACAGCUCACUCACCGGAAUUAACCUCCGGUAUUCCGAUCAUCGACCUUACCGACCAAAAUGCAGAUACACUCAUAAGACAAGCGUGUGAAAAGUGGGGUAUGUUUCAGGUGACUAACCACGGCAUUCCCUUUGAUCUUUUUGACAAAGUUGAGACGCAAACUAGAUAUUUGUUUGCUUUACCUGCUAACCGGAAGCUACUCGUUGCUCGGUCGCCGGAGGGGCUAUCGGGUUAUGGCCAGGCUCGAAUCUCAUCUUUUUUUACCAAGGAAAUGUGGUAUGAAGGUUUCACCAUUAUCGGUUCUCCGGCCGAGCAUGCUACCAAACUUUGGCCUAACCAAAACACCCUUUUCUGUGAGGUAAUGGAAAAAUAUCAAAAAGAAAUGAAGGCACUAAGCGAGAGGAUAAUUGUGCUGAUUUGCAAAUCAUUAGGCCUGAAUCCAGAAGAUCUGGAUUGCCUAUUCAGGCCCAACAACGAAUCCAAUAACAAUCAAGGUGUGCUCCAAUUGAACUCGUACCCAAUGUGUCCGGACCCGGAGCGAGCCAUGGGCCUGGCCCCUCAUACAGACUCAUCCUUACUCACUAUACUGCACCAGGGUGGGGUCAGUGGUCUCCAAGUCUAUGGAGAAGAGAUUGGGUGGGUUGCAGUCCACCCAGUGGAAGGUGCACUUGUGGUCAAUCUUGGUGAUUUGAUGCACAUAAUCUCCAAUGGUAGGUUCAAAAGUGCAGAACAUCAAGCGGUUGUGAAUAAGACACGUCAUCGUAUUUCAGCUGCUUAUUUUUAUGGCCCUCCUACGGAUGUGAAGAUCUCACCGUUGAAGAAGCUGAUAGAUUUUGAUCAUCCAAUGAUGUAUCGUCCUGUGACGUGGAAAGAGUACCUUGAUGCCAAGGCAUUGUAUUUUCACAAGGCUUUAGAGAUUAUCAAAACUUGAUGCAAAAUGAGAGUCAGAAUUAAUUCUGAAUCAAC